UGUAGCAAUUGCAAAACUACAAACACGCCGUUAUGGAGACGAGACGACCAAGGACAUCCUUUGUGCAAUGCAUGUGGAUUAUUUCUCAAACUGCAUGGCAUGGUGCGGCCUUUAAGCCUAAAAACAGACGUGAUCAAGAAACGAAACCGC